GAAUUCAAAUCAGGCCUCAGACAUUUGACACUACUAGCUGUGUGACCCUGGACAAGUCACUUAAUCCUCAUUGCCCCACCAAAAAAAAAAUUUUUUUUUAAAGAGUUCUUAUAGAGAUCUUUUCCGCUUUCUUUAAAAUUCAGGCAACCAAAUGGCAAAGCAGAUGGAGGGUUGGACCUGAAUUCAGAAAGCCCUCAGUUCAAAUCUAGCCUCUGACACUUAGCUGUUUGACCCUGGACAAGUGACUUAAAUCUGCCUACCUUAGCUUCCUCAUCUGUAAAAUGGGGAUAAUUUAACCUACCUCUAAGAGCUGUUAUAAGGAUCAAAUGAAAUCGUAUUUGUAAAGUGCUUUGCAACCCUCAAAAUGAUAAAUCAGUGCUAGUGAUUAUUAAUGUUAUUGCUAGGACCAAUUAUAAGUACCUAAGAAUCUGGCUUCUGGGGGGAGGAGAGACAGAAUUUGAGAUUGGAGCACCACUCUGGAUGCUAGUUUCCCAUUUUUCAAAGGAAAUGGUUGAAGUAUAUAGUGUCCAGGAUUCUUUCUGACUUUUGACUUUGGAUGAUCCUGUAAUUCUUUCUUCAUGGUCUAAAGACAGUAGGAUUUGAAAAGGAGACCUUGGUGUCUGCAAGGCCCACCCUUGUAUCAAGGGCCUGUGGUCGCUAGGGGUCACAGAAGGGACCUCAGAAAUUAUCUAGUGCAUACCCAAACAAGAUUCCACAGGGCUGCAGCCUGAGUUAGUGUUCAGCUAGCCCCAGGUGGAAGACUUUCAGUGAUAAAGAACCCCAUUGUCUCCUGAAGGAGCCCAUUCCAUGUUUUGUUUACAGGGCCUCAAUCUGGUUCUUUGCAGCUUUUACCCAUUGCUCUGAGGUUGGCCUCCUGGGGCCAAUCCCUCCUCCUUGAUGGCCAUUCAGAUAGGUAAAGAGAGCUCUUACGUCCUCCUGGGGCUUCUCCAGGCUAAACAUCUUCUAGGUCCUUCACCCUCCUGGCUUGCCUCCUCUGCAUACUCUCCAGUUCAUCGAUGUUCUGUCUAAAAUCGUGUACCUCAAAACCGAACAGAAUACUCAGGUCCUCAGGAUGCCUGGCCUUGCUGCCAGGAACCUCUCUUUAGAGGGAAGGAGGCAGCUGGCUGUGGACUUGACCCGUGUUCUUCCCCUCUAUGGAUUCAUCCUGGAUGCCUACAUCAUUGAGUUUUUUACAGACUGCUUGUGGGAGAAGCUCCCUAGGUCAUGGCAAGAAGUCCUGGAUGGGCUGACCCCACCCCAGAUUGCCACCAUGUUACUUGAGAUGCCUAGUGCUGGGGAAGAGAUCAGGUACAGAUCAGUGUGGCCACUGACCCUUCUGGCCUUGAAGGCGACUGCCCGUGCCCUGGCCUUUACCCGGACACCUGAGUCCCUGGGCCCAUCUGAGUUCCAGGAGAACCCCAGCCAGAGCUCCCGGCUAGCAGCCCAAUUCCGGAAGCACGUCAAGCCCAAGAAACAGCAUGAAAUAAGGCGCCUGGGAGAGCUGGUGAAGAAGCUGAGUGAUCUGACAGGCUGCAACCAUGUGGUGGAUGUGGGCUCUGGCCAGGGUCAUUUCACCCGAUUCCUGGCCUUGGGGCUGGGGCUUUCUGUGACUGGCCUUGAAAAGGAUCGCAGACUGGUGGAAAGAGCCCAGCAUCUGGACCAGGAACUCCUUAGUGUCCUGAAGAAGGAAGAACGGAGGAAACCACAGAUCAUCUCAGCUGUCCCACACCGCCCCCCGAAUCAUGUUGUUAGCUGGGUAGACCCAACUGCUUUGUCUCAGGAGCUCCUGUGUCCCCUGCAGUCUGAGGCAGCUGAAGCCCCGCCUUCACGCUUGCUCCUCACUGGCCUCCAUGCCUGUGGGGACCUAAGUGUGACUAUAUUACAGCACUUUGCCUGCUGCCCCGAGGCAGUGGCUUUGGCUUCUGUCGGCUGCUGCUACAUGAAGCUGAGCACCCCUGGGGGCUACCCCCUGAGCCACUGGGUUAGUGGGCUCCAGGACCACAGCCUGCCCUACAAAUUCCGAGAGGGUGCCUGCCAUGCUUUGGAGGAAUACGCAGAGCGACUUCGGGAAGCAGGCCCUGCCCUCCGUACCCACUGCUACCGAGCAGCAUUAGAGACAGUGAUCCGGAGUGCCCAGCCAGGCCUCUGCAGACCUGGGGUGCAGAGCAUCCCAAGGGCCCACGAGCUGCCCUUGGAAGAAUACAUACGGCUAGGGCUGCAGCGGGUGGGACUGGACCCUGGUCUGCCCCUGGACUUGGCCUCCCUGCAUUCCUGCAUGGCACAGGAACAUCGGGUGGUGGCGUUCUUCAGCCUGGCACUGCUGCUGGCACCACUGGUGGAGACACUGAUCCUGCUGGAUCGGUUGCUUUUCCUCCAGGAGCAAGGUUGCCACGCAGAACUCCUCCCUGUCUUCAGGCCUGAACUAUCUCCUCGAAAUUUGGUCUUGGUGGCUACUAAGACCCCACUGGGCCCAGCACUUUCUGACCUGGAAAUGGAAGGAAGCUGACAGUGAUAGAGGAAGGCAGGCUUUAAGGCCUUUUAAAGCUCUCUAGUUCCUGAGGGCAUAUGUGAGGCCUCUGUAGAAAUGAGGGCCCUGUGCUUAAGCCUCUCCCAUGUGUUUUUACCCCAGGCCUAUCUCAGAUUUUUUUUUCUAUGUGUUAUAUAAAGAUGACCCUUCUAAAAAUUAUUUUUAAAAAAUCAAA